AGGGUCUGCGAAGCUUCCUUUUGUGUGUAACAUAUAUUUUAUAAAAAAAAAAAACAAAAUGAGUAUACUCCCAUAUUACAGUGAUGGAUAUAACAAGUGUAGAAACAAAAUUGAAAAAAUUUAUGCCAAUAAACUGAUCUUGAUCGGUUAGAAACCUUUAAAAAAAAAUUACCCUUAAUAUGAUGCUCACAAGACGGUAUUUUUAUGGUAAAUCAAAUUUAUCGUUCAACACGUUUCUGUAAAUCUUUACAUCUUGACCAGAUGGUCAUAAAAAUUACAAGCUCCAUACCUAGCGUUGCCAUAUUUACCGGAACAUUUCCUAAAAUGUGUAGAAUAUUUUCCUCAUCAAUCAAAUCAUAGACUGAUUAUAACGCGUAAAAACAAGUUUCAAUCGAAAAAUUUUACACUGUUUAAUCUGAAAGUGUAAAGAAUAUCAAUAGAUAGGUAGGAGAAUUGAUUAUACUGUUUUCCUUUAAUGCCCUAUCCAAUACAAUUUUUUUUUCUUUUCAAUAUAGAGGAGAUAUCACCUCUUCACGUAACGCGAUGACGCGGAAAGAGAAAGACCGCAGCCUACUGGGAAGUGUUACGCCCUUACCGAUUGAUCACUCGACUCACUGUAGCUCUACCGCACUUGAGAUCACAUUUAGGCUAAAACAUGUCAGUGUCUGGCUGUUCGACUGUUCAUAACUAAACUGACUAAAGCGUUCGAUUUGAGUCUACACUUUGAAGAGUUAUCUCUCUAAGAACAAUGAUAAUUUUAAUAUCUAAUAGCAGUUAUUAGAUAAAGCGCACAUGCCGAGCGUUUAAAAAAAAAUAAUAAUAAUAAUCGCAGAAAUCUAAAUAAAAAAAGAAAAUAGAAGUUUUCGUUCUAAUGGACUCGUUUAACACAUUUGCAUCUAAUAAUAAAGUGAAUUAAUUAUUACGUGAAAGAGAGUGAAGCGAAAACUAUAAUGAAAACAACUAUAGAAUGAAAUAAAGCAUAAUUCUGCCAUAAACGUAAGAGCAAUAAAAACUAAAGACGCAAUUUAUUCUGUAAAAAAAUUACAAUGAAAUUAAACACAAUAAUUAAAUGUAAAGAAAGACAUUUUACGCAAAACAAACAACAUGCAGUCAAAGAAUACAAUUAGUGAAAGAAAAUCGCAUGGUUCCCGCAAUUCAUCGCUACCUGCAGAGAACGAUUAGUGCCCGUUAUUUGAGAUUUAACGUUAAAUUGGCAGCUCUGUUUUUCGUCAACAAUAGUAAAUAAUCAAAUGUCAAAGAGAAUAAUCAAAACACCUGUGGCUCAAGGUACGCAACUAAAAUGCUAUGUCACUUUAAAAAUCUACUGCAGCAUAAACUUAGCUUUAGACAGAUGUCUCGUGCCGCAUUCCAUUUAGCAUCUAAUCAAUUUACGAAAUCUGAACAGUAUGAACAGUAUACGAAACUCUUUGAAUGUGAUGGUGUACGCGAGAUAAAUCUAAGAGAGCCAAAGAAGCGCAAUCCUCUUUCUUUAAGCAUGAUGGAGGAGAUAAUGCAGCAUUUGUGCGCCGAAUGGCAUAAUAAAAAUCUUCGCUGUAUUAUAAUUUCAUCCACUGGCCCUGUAUGGUCGGCUGGUCAUGAUUUAAAGGAAAUUUCGCCCGAAUGUGGCGCUGAGCAGCAAACAUUAGUUUUUGAAAAACUUGCGAAACUCAUUGAGAAUAUACGUAAGGCUCCAGUGCCAGUUAUAGCAAAAGUUAACGGAAUUGUUGCAGCUGGAGGUGUUCAGUUGGUGGCUUCGUGUGACAUGGUGGUAUGUACGGAGAAAAGUCAUUUUAUAACCCCCAGUGCAAAUAUUGGAGUUUUCGCAUCAACGCCAGCUGUUAUAAUGUCUCGUUUAAUGCCCCAUAACAAAUGCUUGGAUAUGUUACUCACUGGCCAUCCUAUAACUGCACAAGACGCUCUAAAAUAUGGUCUAGUUAGCCGUGUCGUUCCUGAAGCUAAUCUUGAUAAGGAGAUGGAGAAAAUUAUUGCAUCAAUAAAUAGUAAAAGUCGCGCUGUUUUAGCUCUGGGCAAAGAAUUCUUUUACAAACAAUUAGAAUUACCACUGGAGCAAGCGAAUCGGCAGGCAAUUAAGAAAAUGAUUGAAAACUUAAAUUUAACCGACUCGGACGAGGGGAUACGCAGUUUUAUGGAGAAACGUAAACCUAAUUGGUCGCAUAUGUAGACUGAAACUAAAGAUUUACUGGAAAAAAAUAAUCUCAAUUUAUUGUUAUAUUUUUAUGGUUGAAGGAAGUACUUUUUUUUUUUAUUAUGUUUAUCU